AUGUCUUCUUCUCUGAUACUCCAUGGAAGAAGAAGGUUCUUCUUCGACUUGCAGAAAUGGCCUAAUUUAGGAUUCUCAGUGCAAAAUGCGUCUCCUUUUUCCUCUGCAAGUGCGACCCUUCAAGUUCAGAACUUUACAGUCUCUACUUACCUGGUUGAAACUCUGGGUUUCACCACAAAACUCGCAGAAUCCAUCUCUAGUAAAGUCAGCUUCAACGACAAGGGUAGCAUUGAUUCAGUUCUGAAUCUCUUUAGAAGCCAUGGCUUCACAGAUUCUCAGAUCUCCACCGUCAUUACAUAUCAUCCACGUUUGCUUACAGCAGAUGCUGAGACUUGUCUUGGUCCCAAGCUUAAGUUUUUAAAGUCAAGAGGAGCUUCAACCUCUGAGCUCACUGAGAUUCUCUCAAAAGUCCCAAGAAUCUUGAGAAUCAAAAAGGACAAAACUUUGAGCAGAUACUAUGAUUUUGUCAAAGUGAUUGUACAAGCCGACAAGAGUUCCAAUUUGGAAAAAUUGUGUCCCUCUUCUUUGCCACGGGGUACAAGACAGGAGAACAAGAUAAGGAACAUAUCAGUCUUGAGAGAACUGGGCAUGCCUCAGAAGCUCUUGUUCUCAUUGCUAACAUCCCAUGUCCAGGUUGUAUGUGGGAAAGACAAGUUUGAAGAGUCACUCAAGAAGGUCCUCGAGAUGGGUUUUGAUCCCACCACCACAACCCUUAGGUUUGUGGAAGCUCUGCGCAUGCUUUAUGCAUUGAGCGACACAACAAUAAAAGCAAGAGUUGAAGUCUACAACAGGCUAGGCUUUGCUGUGGAGGAUGUAUGGACAAUUUUCCACAAGUGGCCAAUCUUCCUGGGAUACUCGGAGAAGAAUAUAGCUGACUCUAUUGACACAUUUCUAGAGCUAGGCUUCAGCAGAGAUGAGUUUGUGAUGAUUGUCAAGCGCUUUCCUCAGUGCCUUGGAUUAUCUGUUGAGAUGGUGAAGAAGAAGGUUGAGUUUUUGGUGAAGAAGGAGAUGAAUUGGCCGCUAAAGGCUGUGGUUUCAAACCCUUCAGUACUUGGACUGAGUAUGGAGAAGAGGAUGGUACCAAGGUGUAAUGUAAUUAAAGCUCUCAUGUCUAAGGGAUUGAUGGGAAGUGAACUCCCUUGUAUACAUUCUGUCUUGAUAUGUAUGGAUGAGGCCUUCUUAAACAAGUAUGUGGUGACGCAUUAUGAUGAUAAGCAGCUUGUGUCUGAGUUGAUGGCUAUCUUCAGUAGAGGUCGUGUCUCAACUUAAUGGGUAACUUCAAAUGGUUGUUUGUGUUUUUUCUUUGUCAGUUUUAGAUUCAGUUGUUGAUCUUUUGUUGCUGACUUUAGGAUUCAGAGCAAGUGCA